AUGCGGGGAAUAAGCGCCGAGUAUUUUGAUGAUUUCAAUCCCGAUAUUCAUAUGGCUGCCACUGCAAACCGAAUCCCAUUUGAUCAAAAUGAUCGCAAAUACAAAUGCCUUUGCGGGCUUUUACAUAUAAAGAAGGGUGCUCGGAUUGUUGCUGUCCUGGUUAAUGUUUUAACAGUGAUCAAUAUAAUCUUUAGCUUUACUAGAAGCUCUACUGUAGUGUUUUAUACCUUAAUGAGCGCAGCAUUCUCUGCGGUUAUUUUUGGCAGCUUAUUGUAUGGGGUAUGGAAGGAAAAGCGACUUUACCUAUAUCCGUAUUUAUUCUUUCAAAUAAUAUCUAUAAUGAUCUCGGUGAUCAUUCUUAUAAUAUUCCUUAUAUCGAUUGCAGUAAAUAGCAACAUGGUCCUAGAUUUGGCAAAAAAUUUGGGAAACGUGGAUACCACUUCGACACAGGAUAAAUUGGACGCAGAUUUGGCGGUAUUCACCAUUGUAUUUAUUCUGUUUGUUUGCAUUGGGGGAUUGAUUCAAGCUUACUUUAUUUAUAUCAUUUACUGUUUCCACAAUUUCUUGAAGGACCGGGAGAACUCAUUUUCGUUCAACUUCGAAUCAUAUGCGAACAGUUCUUUUGGAGCAGAGUGUCAAGCUCCGCCGCAAUAUACAACAACCCAAGAAAUUGUUGCAUAA